UUAUGGGAUGUUCUUACGUACACUCUAUGAUAAUAUAAAUUCACACAAUUUGCAAUUGUUUUUCUGAAAUACUUUUGGAUUCUUCUUCACCUGGGUUGGUUCAUAUUACAGCUCACAAAAAAGUGAAAAAAUAAAUCAAGAAAUAAACGGUUAUUUAACCUAUAAUCAGCUUUUAGCUCUCUGGAAAAGCCGUUAUUGGUUAGUUCUUGGCCUUUUCCUGUCUUGUUUUACUGUUCUUUUUGUAUGUCUAAAUGGCCCUUGUUUUUUUUAAUUUUUUGUAUGAGGUUAAUUUAUGUUUACAUAUUCUUUAACGUAUAAGCUGUGUAAUUGCAUUUUUGUUGAGUUAUUUUGAUGUUUUCUUGAUUCUGUGGUUAAAUUGUUAUCAUAUUUUUUGUUCUGUUUGAUGCCAUCAGUUUCAGUUUCUAGAAAUUCCUGGCUCUUAAGGGUGAAAAAGGGAAUUUUUUUGGUUCUUCGAUUUCUAUUUUUUUGUGUGUGUUUUGUGGGAUUUCUAGAAUGUGUCUAAAGUUUCAAUCUUUUUUUAUUUAUUUAUUUAUUUAUUUAUUUUUUUUGUGAAAUUGAAAGCCUCUUGGAAAUCUGCAAAACCUUAUAUUUACAAUCCUUGACGAAAUUGUUCGAGCUAAACUGUUGGAUCAGCUGAGUGCUACUUGACGAAGAUUUGAACGUUCUUGCAUUUUUGAACUGUAAGCUGUAUAAAAGCUCAAUACCUUUGAGCUUGUUUUGUUUCUGGGAUCUUUCUGAACAAGAACAGCAGUAAAUUCAAGACCAGAGAGGGAAUUUUUCGUCACUUUGGAGUGAUUUGCUUGAUGAUCAGGAAACUUUUUCGUCUUUGAGGGAAGAAGUUAAUAGGUAGAAAAGAAUGGAUAGGGUGCCGAGGUUUCUAUAUGAUGUUCUGACAGAGCCGCAACGAGGAGGAGAGUCUUUCAUCGGGUCAAUCAAGAUUGCUGUUUUACCGAUUGCAAAAGUUUUUACAUUAUGCUUCUUGGGAUUUCUGAUGGCCUCCAAGUAUGUCAAUAUUCUUCCUGCAAAUGGACGGAAGCUUUUAAAUGGGUUGGUGUUUUCACUCUUGCUUCCAUGCUUGAUAUUCUCUCAACUUGGACAAGCCAUUACGUAUGAAAAAUUGCUUCAGUGGUGGUUCAUCCCUGUUAACAUUGUUCUAGUCACCAUAUUUGGCUCUAUUAUUGGUUUAAUUGUUGCUACCAUCGUGCGUCCACCGUACCCUUAUUUCAAGUUUACCAUUAUACAGAUUGGCAUUGGGAACAUUGGAAAUGUUCCACUUGUUCUUAUAGCUGCAUUAUGUCGGGAAUCAAAUCCUUUUGGCGACUAUGAAAUAUGUUCGCGAGAUGGUAAUGCAUACAUCUCAUUUGGCCAGUGGGUUGGUGCAAUUAUCCUCUACACCUAUGUAUUCCAGAUGCUCGCACCUCCUCCUGAGGGCACCUUUGACAUUGAAGAUGUGAACCUUCCUAUCAAGAUUUCUAAUAAAGAAAGAUUGCCGAGCCAUCCACCAGGUAGUUCUGCAGAGCAAGUUCCAUUGCUUACAACAAAUGUUGCACCAUCUGACUCUGGUGGUUCAAAGAAAGAAAAGGUUAAAGAGUUCUUUAAAUUUCUCUAUGAGAAACUGAAGCUCAAGCAAUUAAUUCAACCACCUAUAAUAGCUUCUGUCUUGGCAAUUAUCAUAGGAUGUGUGCCAGUCCUAAGGCGUCAGAUCUUUACUUCUGAUGCUCCACUUUACUUCUUCACUGACAGCUGUUUGAUUCUUGGGGAUGCCAUGAUUCCCUGCAUAUUGUUGGCUUUAGGAGGCAAUCUUGUUGACGGACCAGGACCUGGAAGUUCAAAAGUUGGUGUAAAGACAACUGUUGCGAUUGUCUUUGGACGGCUGUGUUUGGUUCCUCCAACUGGACUCGGCAUUGUCAUGUUAGCAGAUAAGCUUGGCUUCCUUCCUUCUGGUGACCAAAUGUUCAGAUUUGUUCUUCUUCUUCAGUAUACGAUGCCCACAUCCAUACUUGCUGGUGCGGUUGCGAACUUGAGAGGGUGUGGGAAGGAGGCAGCAGCCAUCUUGUUCUGGGUUCAUAUAUUUGCUGUUUUCUCUAUGGCUGGAUGGAUCAUCCUCUACCUCAAUAUACUCUUUUAAGUUAGGAUCAACACUGUUGCUACAGAGAGUUAAACAUGAGAUAUUGGAGUGGAAUUUUUCAUUCCUAUUGCCGAGGAGGCAGCUGUCGGAAAGCUGAUCAUCGUUUGUAUUCACGUAGCUAUAAGUAUAAUUAGUCAGGGUGGAGUUAGAUAAAUUGCUCCUUAUUUGUUCUCGGCUUCUUCUAUUGUAUACCAAGCUAAUGCUAGCUUGAAACUGGCUUUGUCAAAGUUGGAAUGGGCGUUUGGUAGAGACAGACGAGGCUUUAUGUUCAUUGGAAAAAAAAGUAUAUGGGAUUGUUUGUGGCAUUUGUAAUCAAUAUACAAUAACUUCGACUAAUCAGAAAAAUAAUUAAGACCAUUGUUGCGCUA